AUGACCAAUAUCUCCAUUAAGCCAAUUGACGAUGACUUUUAUAUUGGGAAGGUAUUAAGUAUAAGUAAUUGUCGAAUAUGGUUCGAUUUGGGAGUACAAGAUGACAUGUCUUUAUGGAAACUACUUAAUUCCUCAAUAGAGUUACCCCAUAUGAUAUUGCUUACUAACUAUUCAAUUUCUUGUAUUGGAGGUUUACCACUUCUUGCAAAACUUUUGAAGAAGCAAAGGUUUGAAGGAGAUAUUGUAGAUAUACCAAUAAUAUGUACGGAACCAGUAUUUCGAUUUGGUCGUGUAAUUUUAUAUGAUACGAUCAAUCAUAUAAAUUUACGUGAUCGUGAUAAUGGCUUCCAAUUUACAUGUAGUGCUGAAAAUGAGGAUUUUCUGGAAUCUCCAUAUACAGAAGAUGAUAUAGAUUGUAUAAUGGGUGAUAAUAUAUGUAGAUUGAGAUAUUACCAAUCAUUCGAAAUCCAGUUUAUUUCUUCUGGAAAUAAGGACAAUUCCGAUCUUAAAAGUAUAUCUUUAAAAGCUUUGCCCAGUGGUAUAGAUAUGGGAUCUACUAUGUGGUAUAUAACACUGAAUACAUCUAGUGGGAGUUGGGAUAUACUAUAUGCAAACCAGAUAACAUCAUCUCCUUAUUGGCACGUUACUCCAGCUGAUAUAUGUCGUGUUAAUUGUCCAGAUAUAUUUAUAACUAGUAUAUUACCAAUUCAUAUUGAGAAAUCUGCAUUAACAAGAAGCUUAGUAACUUAUGAACAAUCUAAUCGUUGGAAGGCAAUUAAGAACUUUAUUCAUACAAUAUUGCGUUGCUUCAAGAAGAAUCAGACAGGUUCUAUCUUGAUUCCUAUUGAAUUUGAUAGCUUACUACUAGAAUUACUGUGCUAUAUAGAUGCUGUAUGGAAUAAAAGUGUCAUUUUAUACCCCAUAGUUGUUGUGUCCCCUAUGAGCUCUUCAUUUAUACUCUCAGCUAAAACCUUGAUAGAAUGGAUGAGUCUGGAUAUUCGGUCUGAAUUCUGUAAUACAAGAUUUAAUCCAUUUCAUGGUCUUAAAAAUAUUUUAAUUGAAAAUACACUAAAUAAUGUCCGUACUGGGCCCUCUGCAAAAUUACCAAAAGUUAUAUUUGCUUCUCCGGCAUCAAUGGAUUAUGGUUAUUCUCGAGAAUUAUUUGCAGAUCUUGCAUCAAGUCCUAAUAAUUCAGUUAUAUUUACAAGAGAACCUAAAUUGAAUACAUUUGCUCAUAAGGUGUGGUUGGAGAGAAAAGAAAUAAUAAAUAAAGUACCAAGAGAUUCUAAAGAGGAUUUAGGAUACACAAAACUUGAAUUGCCAAUAAUUCGCUUCAUCCCAUAUAGACAAGAUGAACUAUAUGCCCUAUACUUGUCUCAGAAGGAAUCCAAACAACCUAAUAGUAUUGAUUCUAUUAAAGAUACUGAAAAUGAUAAGUCUAAUUCUGAAUUUUCAGAUAUACAACUAAAUCCAAAAGUCGAAGAAUCUAACUUUUCUCAAGAUGAUACUUCUUUAUUGGAAUACAUGGAAUUUCUUUCUAGAGUCGGCUCUGGAGUUCCUGGAAAAGAAACUAUUGAAAGUAUUCAACAAUCAGGUACAAACAUAUCAAAUUAUAAAGGUUCUGUAAUUGGUACAAUAUCUUCUUUAGGUAAUGCUAAACAAUCAGUUUUGCCAAACUUGACCGAUUUUAGACCAAAUCUCUUUAUAAAUUCGAAGAUCGAAGAACUUCGUUCGACUCUUGUUCCUAUACAAAUUGUAGACGAUCCUGAUACACCAAAUCAAAUUAUAGAUAUGGAUAACAAUUUAGAUAUUAUUAAAGACUUGGAAUCUGCCUCCUAUAAAAAUACAAAUUUACCUCAAGCAAAGGAUGAAUAUGGAUCAUUUAUUGAUGAAGCUAUAGUAAGGAAUAUUGCAGAGUCUUGGAAUGAAGCUUCAAGUCAAGACAUCAUAAAUUUAAACGAAAUAAAUACCAUAAAAGAUACUCAAAACUUGUCAUAUGAACAUGGAAUAGAUAUGACUCAUUUUGUAGAAGUUUUAGCUUCAAAGAGACGCCGUGAUCUUUUAAAUAUAAACGAAACAGAUAUAUCCUUAUUACCUAACUCAAAUGGGACUGCUUGUAGUAACUCCCAAGUACAGACAAUAAUUACAGUUUGUAGUACGAAUAAUGUGGAAAAUAGGAAUUCCGUAUAUUUAUCUCAAAACUCAGUUCAAAAUAAUACAGCUUUGCCGGAAUGGCGUUUACACCUAAGACAGAUUCUUGGUGGCCCUGAGCCUUUUAAAACUAAAUAUGAAGUUCUGAAUAUUGAAGUUCAAUGUCAAUUUUUUGUAACAAAUGGUCUUUACGUAGAAAAUGACAUAAUGUCUUUAGUUCCACUUAUUAAUAGCUGCUCACCUAGGAAUGUAGUCCUCUUUCCUCCUCAAGAAAGAUUUUUGUUAUCCAAAAUACCUAUUGAUAUAGAGACUAGCUUUGGAGCAAUAAAGUCCUUGCUUCUCUCAAUACCAAAUACACCUGAGAAUAUUAUAACUAUGGAUAAUAUAGAACAAACUGUUGAUCUAAAUCUCGUGAGGAAUACAAAAGAUAUUCAACUUUCAAGAGGUAUUUGGGAUGAACUAUCUACUGGAGGUUUUCAAUUUAUUCCAAUUGUACCUUCACCUUCUGCUGGGAUAGCUUCAGAGAAUGAAUCAAAUCUUUUAUCUAGCUUUGCUGCAAUAGGUCGAGUUAAGAAUUUGAACUUGAGCUUUGUAUCUGGAUCAAAUGAAAUGUUGGAUUCAAAUAAUGUUGAGAAAAUUUGCCUUGUUAGAAAAGAUGAAAAUAUAUCUAAAAAUGAAGAUGAUGAAAAAAGUACUUGUCAAGAAUUUAAUUCUAACUCUUCAGAAGUAACUAAUAAUGAAGUUACUCCCUAUGGAUUUCUAUCAAAACUCAUUGAACAAAACAAAAGAUUUAAAUUUGAUAUAACAAAUACUGACACAGAUGAAAUAUUUGUAUCUAAGUCACGUGGUCUUAGACACUUCGUUUCUGAAAUGAAGAAACAAGUUCCUUUACCAUUUGUAUAUUUUGCACCUCAAGGAGGUAGUGUCUGUAUUCAUCAGGUAGUUGCCUUGGCAUCUUCUAAUCAAGUUUCUGAGAGCAGUGAAAAGCUCCCUGCAUAUUCUAAAGAUAUCAAUAUUCAAAAGGGUAAUUAUAAAGCUAAUAAAUUUUUAUGUGAUACAAAUAUUUGGGAUAUUCACGCUACAAUUCAUCCAUAUUAUUACAUUGCUAGAAAUAUUUUAAAAAACCAAUUUGCUACUUUGUAG